AUGUCAAGCUUUGUCCCUCAUCCUCUCAAUAAUGGCCCUCCACUUUUAGAGGAGCCGAGCCAUCCAGACCGCACCCAUGACCCCAAGAAAAACCUUGUGAUCGCCGUGAAUAACCCACUCGAUGAUACCCUCCCAGCCUUGGGUGAGGAGGCAAGCCACCCAGAAGACUCCCAGGACCCGGAAGAGAGGCACCUCCGCGGAGUGCAACAAGUCGUAGUUACUGCCAUUCAUGCAACUGAUCUGACUCUUGGUCUCCAACGGAUCCCCGCCGGCUUCCAUGUGGUAGUAAAGGCUGAUGAUGAUAUCGAAUGCCAGACAAGCAACAAACCUGUAUACAUAGACCAGACUGUCGUCGAAUGGAACGAUCGAAUACUUCUCGUGUAUGCCUCAUUUGAACUGGAUCCCAUGCUCGGUCAUGGAGAAGUCCUUCGCACAUUCAAUAUCUCUGUGGGAGAAUUACUGGAUCGCAGUGAAAAGUCACGUCCUAUAAUUUUUCAGCCCAAGCAGGAGGAAGUCGUAUCCUCGUGCACUUCGCUGUUCAUGACAGUGGAGCAGCGAUGUUCUUAUGAAAACAAUGCUGCAGGUCUUCUCCCCCUUACUAUCCUUACACCUGACAAUAUGCGUGAGUUGGCGCUAUGGACGGACGGCGGACAUUGUCUUCUCGCACAAUACCGAUGGAUGCAGAAAAUUAGGGAUCUAGACCAAUCCAUAACGCACUUUGAACGGGCCUCCGAUCUCUGCCCCAUGAAUCAUCCCUGCCGCCCUGCCGCACUGUUCAAUCUAGCUGUGGCAAAGUUUGUUAGUUGCCAAGUUAAUGGAACAUACCUCGACCUCGACAUCCCCAUCUCUCUUUUUCAAUACGCCUUUGACUUGCGUCCGACUGGUCAUCCUGACCGACCGAUCACUCAGCUCCAUCUUGCCAUUGCUCUGCUAUCGCGCUUCGCGAAACGGGGAUUUGAAACGGAUGCUGAUGCAGCCAAAGAGUUGCUGAGGAAAGUUCUCAAUGUUUGCCACGCCAACAGCCACAUUUCCAGAGCAGCUUUGCUUGCAAUCGAGACAUGUGCUCUGCAUCGAGCCAAAGGCAUGGAUGGACACGAUCUUGGGCAGAUGCAGCCCGCUACAUCCAUGCUUCCGCUAUCGCCACAACAAUUCACUGACCGUGCAGAGCGGUGUUUGCAUGGAGAUGACCCCCAUGAUUUAGAUGAAGUGAUCUCCCUCCAUUACGAUGCACUGCGAUACUACGGCACUAUGCAUGAUUGCCGAGGACCAUUGAUAUCUAAUCUGGGUGAAAUAGUGCUCACUCGCUUUGAGCGCCGAGGCAAUGAGCAAGACUUGGAUGACGCUAUCAUGCUUCACAGGGACGCGCUGGCUUUACGUCCAGUCGGUCACCCAAAUCGGUCCAUGUCAUUAAAUAACAUUGCGAAUGCGCUCUUUACCCGCUUCAAGCACCGAGGCAAUGACCAAGACUUGGAUGACGCUAUCAUGCUUCACAGGGACGCACUGGCUUUAUGUUUAGUCGGUCACCCAAAUCGAUCCAUGGACGUGCUUGCUUUACAUCCAGUCGGUCACCCAGAUCGGUCCAUGUCAUUGAAUAACCUUGCGAAUGCGCUCUCUACCCGCUUUAUGUACCGAGGCAAUGAGCAAGACUUGGAUGACGGUUUCAUGCUUCACAGGGACGCGCUGGCUUUACAUCCAGUCGGUCACCCAAAUCGGUCCUCGUCAUUAAUUAACCUUGCGACUGCGCUCUCCAUCCGCUUCGAGCACCGAGGCAAUGAGCAAGACUUGGAUGACGCUAUCAUGCUUCACAGGGACGCACUGGCUUUAUGUCCAGUCGGUCACCCAGAUCGGUCCAUAUCAUUGAAUGACCUUGCGGAUGCGCUCUUCACUCGCUUUGAGUGCCGAGGCAAUGACCAAGACUUGGAUGACACUAUCAUGUUGAGCAGGGACGCGCUGGCUUUAUAUCCAGUCGGUCACCCAGAUCGGUCCACGCCAUUAAAUAACCUUGCGAAUGCGCUCUCCACCCGCUUCAAGCACCGAAGCAAUGAGCAAGACUUGGAUGAUGCUAUCAUGUUGAGCAGGGACGCGCUGGCUUUACGUCCAGUCGGUCACCCAAAUCGGUCCUCGUCAUUGAAUGACCUUGUGAAUGUGCUCUUUACCCACUUCGAGCACCGAAGCAAUGACCAAGACUUGGAUGACGCUAUCAUGCUUCACAGGGAUGCGCUGGCUUUACGUCCAGUUGUCGAUCACCCAAAUCGGUCCUCGUCAUUACAUAACCUUGCGAUUGUGCUCUCUGACCGCUUCGAGCACCGAAGCAAUGGAGAAGACCUCCGCGAGUCACUAGAGAAUCUCCGCUGUGCAUUGACUCUGUUGACGCAGCAUGAUCCUCGUCAAUCAAACGUCCAUCGCACACUAGCUACCGUCUAUUUGUUGUUUCAUCAAUCAGGACUUGAUAGCACUGGCGAAGAUACCGACAGUCUGAAUGUUGCCAUUCAUCAUCUCAAGGCAGCGGCAAAUAUUGUCUCCGGAGGCUUGCGACAUCGCCUGCAAACAAGUCUACGCUGGGUUCGCGAUGCCGAUCAAUAUUCACAUGAUACUGAACUGGAGGCUUAUGUAACUUCCAUGCAGCUUCUCGACGCUUACAUGUCCGCGACAGCUUCAGUAUCGUCUCGUCACAAUACCAUGAUGGACUUUCCGCGUACGCUUGCCGCGGAUGCUGCAUCAUGUGCUCUUCGUAGCGGUGAUGUGUGUCGCGCUAUCGAGUUGUUGGAACAAGGCAGGACUCUCAUCUGGACCCAGAUGACACGACUCCGCACGCCUCUUGACGGCCUCCAAGAUCUCGGUGAUCAUGCAGUGGCCCUGAUGAAGAAAUUUAGAUACCUCAGCUCUCUCCUUGAUACACCUCCUACGAAUGAUCCAGAAGGAACCCCACGAGUCAAUGUAGAAGCGGAAGCAAGCCGGUACCGACGCCUAGUGGAGGACUGGAAUAGAGCUGUAGAAGAGAUUCGGAUGAUCGAGGGCUUCUCUCGGUUCCUACUCCCCCCCUUGUUCUCCGAUCUUCAAGAUGCAGCUCGCGAUGGGCCUAUUGUUGUGCUCGUUGCAAGCAAGUCGUCUUGCGAUGCCAUUAUUGUCCCACACAAGCAACCUCCGAUCAGCAUCAAACUCCAUAUCAGUUUGGAGAAACUCCAACAUUUGGUAGUCAAACUUCAACGGGCAAGUCAACCACAGGCCUCAUCAGCCCUGAUGAAAGCUUUGACGGAGUUAUGGGACGACGUCGUCUGCCCGGUGGUCGACAAUUUAGGCGGGUUUGCACCACCAUUUUCCCGGAUAUGGUGGUGCCCGACGGGUGCCUUCAAUUUCUUGCCGUUGCACGCUGCUGGCGCGUACAGGCGAGGACUGCAAGGGAACCAAGGCCAAACCUCUGUAGCAGGAGGCGACGGCUCUAUCUAUCCAGGACCGACUACAACAUGCAGUAGCGACUACCUACGAGCCAGGACUCCAGCCACUGCGCCAGGACCCCCGGCACUCCCACGGAGGACCUGUGCCAGAUCUCACCGCUCCAACACGCCAUCGCUUACCACGCUAAUCAGGGCUCGCAGAAGUCGUGAUAGAUCCCUGCCAGUGCCCUUUGCUGCAAUCGGUCAGGAUCAUCCAGCCGGUCAUCCAUUCACUUUGGAUUGUGUGGAGCCUGAGCUGGAAUUGGUGCGGAGUCUUUUGCCCGCUCCUUCAACUGUCUCCUUCACCAAGAUAACGAGCGUUGAUGCAACGAAAUUGAGAGUACUCCGUGCAUUGCGAGACAAUACUUGGCUCCAUUUGUCGUGUCACGGGACACAGAACUAUACAGAACCCUUUAAUUCGGCCUUUCUCAUGCGCGACCAACCGAUUUCACUCCUCGAUAUCUCACAAAUGGAUCUAUCUCGGCAUGAAUUUACCUUUCUUUCUGCCUGUGAAACCGCAGUCGGUGAUGCCAAUACACCUGACGAAGUCAUACACUUGGCGGCUAGCCUUCAAUUUGCUGGUGUGCAGAGUGUAGUUGGGACAUUAUGGAGCGUCAACGAUAGUACUGUGCAGCGCUUAGUAGAGGCAUUCUACAAGAACUUGUGCGGGGAUGGCAAAAUGAAUUCCAAGCGGGCUGCCCGAGCGCUUCACCGAGCGGUACAGUCGUUGGCUGGUGACCAGGAGAUGCCCUUGGACCAGCGCAUAGUUUUCAUGCAUAUUGGUAUAUAA